AUGGACUUAUCAAAAGGCAAAAUAUUUGAAUCUAUAUGUUUGAUCGACAAAGCAUCAUCUAGAUCAAAACACUUAUAUGUUAAUCAUUAUGAGGUUAAUACAAUUUUUCGUCAAAUGGAAAAAAAGUUUCUUGCUGCAAGUAAUCAAUGGAUGAAUCGUAUAAACGAAUUAGAUAGAAAAAUUGAUACAGUUGAAUCAAAUUUUGAUGAUAUUAUUUCACAUUUACCAUCGAAAGAAUCAGCAACAACAACAACAGGAUCAUCAACACAACAAUAA